AUGGAGGCUCCAACCCUGCGUCCCAUCCUGCUGCUGCUCUCAGUGCUGGCUUUGACCAAGACUGAGGAGACCCAAACCAGCGCGGGUUCACACUCGCUGCGCUAUUUUGUUACCACGACGUCCGGUCCUGGGGUCCGGGAGCCCCGAGUCAUCAUCGUCGGCUACGUGGAUGACACGGAGUUCAUGAGCUUCGACAGCGAUGCAGAGAGUCCGAGAACAGAGCCCCGAGGGUCAUGGGUAAAGCGAAUGGGUCAGAAGUUUUGGGAAGAGGAGGUAAAAUAUGCCGAGAGUUAUGCACAGAGGGCCCGAGAAAACCUGAGAUUGGCAAUGAGCGUCUACAACCACAGCAGUGACGGUUCUCACACCAUCCAGUGUUUAAUUGGCUGUGAAGUUGGGCCCGAUGGGCGACUCAUCAGAGGGUACUAUGCGCACGCUUAUGACGGCAAAGAUUACCUCAGCCUGAACGAGGACCUGAGCUCCUGGACCGCUGGUGACACCUCAGCUCAGAUCGCUGCGCACAAGUGGAAAGCUGAUGGUGUAGCAGACCGCAUCAGAGCCAUUCUGGAGGGAAGAUGUGUAGAGACACUCCUCAGACAUUUGGAGAUAGGGAAGGAGACACUGCAGAGAACAGAUCCCCCAAAGGCACAUGUAACCCAUCACCCCAGACCACCCAAAGGCGAUGUCACCCUGAGGUGCUGGGCCCUGGGCUUCUAUCCAGUUGAGAUCACCCUGACCUGGCAACGUGAUGGGGAGGACCAGAUGCAGGACAUGGAGCUGGCUGAGACCAGGCCUGCAGGAGAUGGAACUUUCCAGAAGUGGGCAGCUGUGGUGGUACCUUCUGGAGAUGAACAGAGAUACACAUGCCUUGUGCAUCAUGAGGGGCUACCCGAGCCCCUCAUCCUGAGAUGGGAGCCAUCUUCUUGGCCCAACAUUGGAAUGACUGUUGGUGUGGUUCUCCUUGGAGUUGUGCUCACUGGAGCUGUGGCUGCCAUUGUGAUGAUGAGGAAAAGGUCUUCCACUGCACCUCAGGCUGGUUUUGAACUCACUGUGUAGCUGUGAUAAUUACUCUUCACUG